AUGUUGAAAGGUCUUCCAAGAGCUUCCUUUAGGCGUAAUUUGCGUCAGAAGUGGGACCAUACUGAGCCUAUAAGUGGCUCAGAGCAUAGAAGGCGAAUAGGUUCUACUUCAAGUAGCACUCAUUUAGGAGGAGAUAAGUUUCCCAUAUAUACCCGCUUUCUUGAGGAUUUGAAGAAUAAGAAAUAUACCCCUGGGAGGAAUGGUAUAUAUAACAAGUCAUUUGCGGAAAUAAACCCGUCAUCGUUAGAGUCUAUCAGUGAUCAAGAUAGAAAAGAAAUAGCAUGGUCAUCUCAGUACGACCCUGUAACAAGAUCACCAUUUGCAAAGGAUGUCGUUCAUCUUCAAUCAUUGCUCGAUGCAUUGCUAGCAAGUAAAAACUUUGAAAGAGCAGAUAAAAUAUUGCGGGCUAUAUAUCCGCUAUUAGCAUCAUCGGAAAGCUUUAUUUUUUCUGUGAAUAAAUAUUUGCAAGCAUGGAGCUCAGAAGAUUCAAAUAGCCUAAUGCAGGUUGAGGAGUAUGUUCAAGACUUAAAGAGAAGAUACGGCAUAUUGCCUAAUGAUCGUACAUUUGCCAUCCUAAUAUCCAAGUGCUUGAGCGAAGAUCCUGCUUCCUCUUCAUACAUGAAAUAUAUUGAUAGACAUAAUCCUGCAAUGUCAAAGAAGAUAUUUUCUCAUAUAGAUGUUAUUGGGGUUGAUGGACUAAUGAAAAUUUUCAACGAUUCUGCUAUAAAUGAAAAUCUUGUACCCAUUGACCUCGUCUCAUUAUUCAAACAAGUCAGAAACGAUAAAAAGGAAACCCAUCUUGAUUUAGAAAAUGAUGAAACACCUGAAUAUUUCAUCAAUGAGGAUUCUGACGCUCCGACGAUUGAUAAAGAUGCCGAAACACUAAAAGCGGUCAAUUCGUUCGGAUUGAAGGUAAUAAGACAUACUCUUUUGGGCUUGAGGGCUGAAAGUAGUUUACCACUCUUGGAUGAAUUUUUGCAUGAUUUGGAAAGCGAGAUGAAGAGCAAUGUUUUGCAUAAUACUUCCGCAAGUGAAAAGAAAGAUUACUUCGCUGUAUAUAAGUCCCUAGAGACAGACGAUCAAAGAGAAAAAUUCAAUGAGGCAUUAGAUUUAUUCAAUGAAGGAAGACAAAGGCAACUAGAAUUAAGAGGAGUUGAUGGAGCCAAAGUGAAAUGGAAGCAUGAGUUCGAAGAAAUGCAGAAGAGAGGAGCUGUUGCUUAUAAUAAAAGUUUAAACGUACAGUUAUUUAAAUGGUAUUCAGAUUUACUACCAUACGUUGAAGAAGAAGUGAAACAAUGCAGGAGCCUUAUUGAGGGAGAAGUGACUUUAGAUAACUGUAAGCCUGAAGAGAAGUCGAUAAUGAAAGACAGAGCAUAUUAUGCUCCCUAUUUGGUCCUUGUUCCUCCAAAUAAAAUGUGUGUUUUGACUAUAUUGGAGUUGUUGAAAUUAAACUCAACUGGUGGCAUUGUUGAUGGUAUGAGAACAGCGAGAGCUGUAAUUUCUGUUGGUAAGGCUCUCGAACUCGAAUAUAAGUCUCAAAAUCUUUUGAAGGCUCAAGGUAAAGCGCUAUCUAAGAAGCUAAAAAAUACAAAUCAAUGGAAGAAGUUGUUAAGAAAUCAUAAAGGAAUGAGUCAAGAAGAUCCAAUUUCUAACGAAUGGGAUUAUCCAAUUCAUGCUAAAGUUGGAUCAGUUUUAACAUCCUUACUAAUUCACGUUGCCAAAGUGCCUGUGAAAGGUGUUGAUCCUACUACGGGUAAAACCGUGAAGGGUAUGCAACCCGCCUUCCAUCACACAUAUCAAUAUCUUCAGGGACAAAGGUUGGGUGUUUUAAAGGUGCACAAAUAUUUAGUGCGCCAGUUAGCAGGAAACUCUUUGAGCAAUUCUGUCCAACCACAAUUGUUACCUAUGUUAGUCCCACCUCGUCCUUGGACAACUUACAAUAAUGGUGGAUACUUAUUUUCCCUGAACAAUGUAGUCAGGAUAAAAGAUUCAGCUGAAACAACUGCUUAUUUGAGGGCUGCUUCAGAUGCACAUAACUUAGAUAGUGUAUAUGCUGGCUUGAAUGUAUUGGGUGAAACUUCUUGGACUAUUAACCGCAGAGUUUUUGAGGUUAUUUGCAAAUACUGGAAUACUGGUGAGAAAUUCUUAGAUAUCCCGCCUAUAGUUGACGAACCGGAAUUACCUGAACCAAUUCCAUUCAAUGCUGAACCUUCAGAGAGGUCAGAGUACCAAAGAAAGGUUAAAAAAGCAAUGAAUGAUGCAGCUUCUGCUAGAUCUCAAAGAUGUGAUACCAAUUACAAGUUAGAAAUUGCGAGGGCAUUUUUGGGUGAGAAACUAUUCUUUCCUCAUAAUGUUGAUUUCAGAGGACGGGCAUAUCCACUUUCACCGCACUUCAAUCAUCUUGGUAACGAUAUGACAAGGUCUCUAUUUUUGUUUUGGGAUGGUAAAGAGCUUGGGGAACGUGGUUUAGUAUGGCUCAAGAUUCAUCUUGCGAACCUUUAUGGUAUUGACAAAGCACCUUUGCAUGAGAGGCUCCAAUUUGUUGAUGAAAACUUGGAUAAUAUAUUUAAGUCCGCAAAGGAUCCUUAUGACCCAAGUAGUUGGUGGCUUAAAGGGGAAAAGCCCUGGCAAACUUUAAGUGUUUGCUUUGAGUUGUAUGAGGCAUAUAAACUAGACGAUCCUACAAAGUUUGUUUCCAAUACCCCUAUUCAUCAGGAUGGUACUUGUAAUGGUUUACAGCAUUAUGCGGCACUUGGUGGUGACAUUGAAGGUGCCAGGCAAGUCAACUUAAUUCCAGCUGACCGUCCACAGGACGUUUACAAUUUCGUCGCGGGCUUAGUUCAAAAGCGUAUCGAUGUAGAAGCGGAAGCCGGCAAUAAGUAUGCGAUCUUCUUGAAGGACAAGAUUACUCGUAAGGUUGUUAAACAGACCGUGAUGACUAAUGUUUAUGGUGUGACGUUUGUUGGUGCGGUCCUUCAAAUUCAAAAGCAAAUCGCCUUUCACUUUGGGAAAGAUGAUUCAGACAAGGUCGCUGACUAUGCAAGAUAUCUUACGUCUUUGGUAUUCGCUUCUAUCAGAGAAUUGUUUGAAGGUGCACAUUUAAUUCAAGAUUGGCUCGGAGAGUCGGCUAAAAGAAUUAGUAAAUCUGUUCGUGUUGAUUACGAAGAGAAAUCAGCUAAAAAUUCUAAUAAGCCAAGUCAUCUAUCAUCCGUCAUUUGGACCACUCCUCUUGGCUUGCCAUGUGUUCAACCAUAUAGAGUAAGCAAAAAACAAAUCAUUUCGACUAAUUUACAAGACAUUGUUAUUUCAGACCCAUUCGGAGCCAGCCAAGUUGAUGCCAGGAAACAACAAGCAGCAUUUCCUCCAAAUUUCGUACAUUCUUUGGAUGCGACUCACAUGUUGAUGACUGCCAAAGCUUGUGGUGAGAAAGGAAUCGCGUUCGCUUCCGUACAUGAUUCUUACUGGACCCAUGCAAGUAAUGUUGAUUCCAUGAACCAAAUCAUCAGAGAAGAAUUUGUUAGACUCCAUAAGGAUAAUCUCAUUGUUAAAAUUAGAGAUGAGUUUGAAAAACGAUAUGAAGGUUUCUUGCAAGUUAUUACUAUUUCUGGUGAGUCAGAGAUUGCAGCAAAAAUCAAGGAUGUUAGGAGGAAUAUUGUCAAAGAUCUAGGAAGAGCUCUAACUGUAGCUGAUGAAAUAUAUUUGGAAAAGAAAAGACAACAAUUAUUAGCAUCAAAAGACCCAGAAGUGGUCAAAAUGGGUAAGGAGAUGGUAACUACAAUCAGUGUAAUUGAAGAUAUAGAUAUGAACAAAUUGGCAGUAAGUUCUGCAUCUUCGAAAGUGUUUCAAAUAUUGGCACCUUUAAAGUUUCCUGACAUUCCCAAAAGAGGAGAAUUGGACGUUUCGGUAGUCAAUGACUCGCCCUAUUUCUUUUCAUGA